CUUCCCACAUGUGCUGCAUUCUUUGUGGAGCACUUUAGAGUCUCUGGCACAUCUGGAGCAGCUUAACUUAAAAUACACAAGGAAGACGUUCGCUGCUUACGAAUGGUUUUUCAUACUUUUACACACUCACACCAUCCAGGUCUGCUCUCCUGACGCUUAGGCCAUCUGGAGACCAUGUUUACUGGCAAGUUGUAAAGUUUAAGUGCUUAUACUGUAUGUGCAUCUCUCUCUGAGUGUGCAUAUGCCUGUGUUAGGGGGUUGGCUGACCACUCUGGACAACCCCUUCCUGAGAACACCGUGACAGGAAGUCAAAAGAAGGACAAUAGAGAAACGAAGAAGUUCUCUGUGAAAUCUCUUUUCUGCUAGGUAAGGAGAAAUUAUUGCUUAGUUCAAAGAAAACUGGACAAGAGUAGCUGCAAAGGGCGGUGAUGGACGGGUUCAGGGCGACCAUAUGAGAGGUGAAGGGAAACGAGAAGAACGAAGGUCUCAGACGGGAAGGAAAGAAGGGGGCUGUGGUGUAAAAGACACAACGAUGAAGAAAACAGUUGUCGCAACCAAGAGCUCUAAAACAUCUAGCGGGUUGUUUCUCUAAAUCACCAAUUCCGAGAUACCUUGUUUCAAAUUUCAGUCUUUUCCCCUUACUCUUAAGUAUGCACCAUGCUGUCUCCGGCUACUGCGACAUCACCUGCUGUCAUCCCCAAACCUACAACCCCAUCCUCUUUGCUUUCAGACCGUCCCUCCUCACCGAUGUCUACAACCCCGGUUCAACUGGUAGACGUCUCGGUUACCCCGACUCCCCAAAAGCCCACCCCGCCUCCUCUGCCCAUCUCGCCUCCUUCCUCUAUUUAUCGAAAAUCCCCAAGUUCAUACCCAGCUCCCAACUCCAAACCUGCCGCCCCUCAUCACAAAACAAAGGCUCCUAAGCCCCCAUGUCCACCUCUUCCAGCACAGCAGCCGUCUGCCGUCCCUAAAGCUUCCUCUUCAGGCCUGCAAAAGGCUCCUCCACGGCCAACCUCGAAGCCCUUAUCGCCACCUCUUAAGAGACCGCCACCGCCACUCACUUCGAAAGCUCCUGCAGUACCGUCCCUGCCUGUCCAAACGCAGAAAUCGGUCCAUCCCAGGAUCAGCAUCUUGGAAAAGCUGAUCAAGACAUGUCCAGUGUGGCUGCAGCUGGGAAUGCCCAAGGAAAGAGCUACUCAUAUACUGAACAAAGAGAUGCCUGGGAUCUUCUUAGUGAGGAGGGACCGUGGGAAGUCGUCGAUGGUGGUGUCAGUUCGUCUCGCAGACCAGAUCCAGGACUUUCAUGUAAAAGAAGAAAGGGCCAUGUUGUAUCUUGAAGGAUCUGUCCUGGUCUUCGACAACAUAUUUAAACUCAUUGCUUUCUACUGUGUUAGCCGGGACAUCCUGCCCUGUACCCUGAAAUUACCUCAGGCCAUUAUCCAGGCAAUUAAAUAUGAAGACAUGGAGGUGAUCUCCACACUAGGAGUAGAAUUCUGGGGCUCGGAGCUGAACAGUCACAUUCGUGAUGAUUUGAGUAAACCUGCAGAAGAGAUAAAGCUCUCCUCUGGAAAUGGCCAUCUCUGGUACAUCAACCCCAUUUCCAUUGAAGAAUACCAUAACAGUCUGCCUCCUAAUUCUCCCACCCCGAUCCUGAGGUCCCAAAGCCUCAACGUGCCUGUUCAGGCUCAGCCGAAGUUCAAGAGGCCCCCGCCACUACCUCCACGUCCACUCACCAUUUCUGAAGACUCACUGACGCAAGUGUCAACCAAGGCAGCCAAAGAGAAGUUGACGUCAGAGGAGUCUUCACUUCUCUUGCUAAGUUCUUCUCUGCCUUCAGUGCAAAAAGAGGAAGGAAGUCAUUGUGGGUAUAAAAAGGCAGAGGGAACUCUAUUACCCAGUGCUGAGGCAGAAAUGUGGAACAAACAAGAUGCAGCACAACUAUCUCUAAGUGAAACAACAAAACAGGGCAGCAACGCCCCUUCACACAAAAUUGCUCCAGUCCCACUUAGACGCCGGAUAUCAGAGGGCCAACCACCAGAAGAAGACGGCCAACUGGAACCGAUAAAGGAAACUCUCUGUGCAUCUGAAGCAGCAGAGACCAAUGAGGACCCUGGUACUUCUGUGUCUCUCAUUUGCCUCGAUGACAGUAACAUGGACCAGUGGGUGAGUGAACAUUGUGGACAAUCUAAAACACCACAAGAGGAAGAUCUGGGUGAGAAAUCAAAAGCUGCAAAUGGAGUUUCCACUGCGAAUAUGGUUCCUGUACUUGAAACAAGGAAGCCAGAUGCUCCAGUGCCACCUCCGAGGAGAAAACGUACCUCUCAGAGCCUGAUUUUCCAAGAUGUCACAAAUAACUCCGAAGGUGUUAAUCAAGAGCUAAGCCACAUUAAUCCACAGCCGACUCCAAGGCUCCAGAACCUUCCAGAGCACCCCAAAGUUCCAGAUGUGUCAUUAUUUUCCCCAGAAGGAGGUGCUCCCCAGCCGGAUCAUGACUCCUACUCCACAAGCAGCACAGAGGAAGAGGCAGAUCCUACCCCAGUGGGUGCCUUGGCGAAGAGGACAUCCACUAUCAUUCUAGACCGUGCCAAGCAGCGCCUGUCCAUGGUUAACUUCUCUACAGUCUUCACAAGCUUCAUGAGUGCUGACCGCAAGCUUCAGAAACGGAUCGUGGAACUCGGUAGAGAUGGAAGCACGUAUUUCGGUAACCUGGUACAGGACUACCGGGCCUUUACGCUGGACACUAUGAAGAGGCAUUCCACCAGUACAGAAAUGCUCCAAGAGAUCAGACAAAUGAUGACGCAGCUCAAAAGCUAUCUUAUCCAAAGCACAGAACUGCAAAAUCUCCAGGAGGCAGCUAUUUAUUCUGAGGACAAGCUGGAGAUAAUCAUCGAAGCAUCACUUUAUAAGAGUGUCCUGAAGCCCUUACGAGAGGCGAUAUAUAACGGCCUGAGGGACAUCCACUCCCGGGCAGGCAAUCUCAAGAAGCUCAAGGAAAAUCAGCUGACGGUGCUGGGCACCACCACGACAGAUUUGGGUGUGACCACCUGUGUUCCUGACUUACCUGUCAUGGAGAAGAUCCAGGGGAAGUUGGGAAACUUGCACCAGGAAUACUCACCUCAGAAGAAAAUCAACCUACUCCUCAAGACAUGCAAGAUCAUAUACGAGUCCAUGUCUGUGGGCUCCCCAGGAAAACCUUAUGGUGCAGAUGAUUUCCUGCCGGUACUAAUGUACGUCCUGGCUCGUUGCAAUAUCUCUGCACUGCUGUUGGAUGUGGAGUAUAUGAUGGAGCUGAUGGACCCUGCGCUGCAGCUUGGUGAAGGCUCGUACUAUCUCACCACCACAUAUGGAGCUCUGGAGCACAUCAAAAACUAUGAUAAGCAGGCAGCUUCCAAGGAGCUGAGUUUGGAAAUCCAAGACUCUAUUCAUCGGUGGGAGCGUCGCCGCACUCUGAACAAGGCCCGGGCCUCCCAUUCAUCCAUACAGGAUUUCAUCACCGUGUCUUUCCUUGAGGCGUGUUCGAACACCAAGACGCUGGGUGUGGAUCAGAACACAACUGCUUGUGAACUGAGUGCACAGUGUGCUGAGAAGUUCGAAGUGCUGGAUCCUGACUCCUACUGUCUAAGCGUGCUAGUGGACGGCGACUACCGACCCCUGACUCCCGAGGAGUUACCGCUCGCUAUCAAAUCCAGCCUGCAUCGCAGUGAGCCACGCAAAGAAUAUUACUUUGUGUAUCAGCAUGGACGCUGGCCAGGGCAGGAACCUGACAAGCAAAGACCGUCUACACCUGAACCAACACCUGUCCAGGAGGAGAGUUUGAUCUGAAGGAAUUACUUUAAGCCAGUGCGCCUGACAGAUUAGUGCUUUCUAAUCUACGAGUUCCUGUUUUUGAGAUUAAAACAAUCUGACGUAGUAUCACUAUCACCGAUCGGAAUCCCGUUAAUGACUUGGUACGUUGUUGUUCUUCCAUCCUGGCACCAAGUGUACUCUAAAGUUGCACUUUGACCUACGGCAGAACCGUAAGAAUGAGCUGCAUCGGUCAUUCUGUGCUUUAAAAUAAGCCAUAUUAUUAACAAAAACAAAGACAGGUUGUCAUCUGUAUUCUAUAUUUGUACUUAAAGGUCAGGUUUUACAGCAAAAACCCUGGAGCAGGACACAAAGAGGAAAAAAAAGUUAAGCACUGGUCUGAUUAAUGGAGCAGGAAUUCUCUAGGAUCAAAUAAACUGACUUUUUCCUCUUUUUUAUUUGUAUUUUUUUAGUUAUCGUGACUCCUUUUACUUUAAAAGAUACUGACAGGGACCCUCACCUCACACUGCGAAGGUGAUGUUUUAAGACAAUACCAACAUACCUUUUUCAGGAGUGAAUUCAGACUCUAAUAUUAAACAGUUAAAAUUAUUUUUUCACUGAAAUAUCAAGCUCAUAAACUCAAGCUCAUAUUUACAGUAGAUUAUAGCCGACAAACCAGUGGUGAGGUUUUUUUCCUCUUUAUUAUGCAUACAGUAUUCUCUUAUUUGCAUGACAACUUUACCCAGGACAUAAAGGCAUAGUUCGGGUUUUUUCAAGUCUGUAUAGUGUUUUUAGAACAACUUUUAAUAUUUUCAUCCACAAGAUGUAUGGUGAAGGAAAAGAAUUAUGAUAAAUAAAAAUAAAUUUAAAUAAAGUAAAAAGACUAGAAGAUUCCAAGUGAGACUGCAGAAGCUUCAUAUGAGUCUGAGCUGAACUUUGGAAUGCAUUUUUGCACGGAACGAGGGAUGGUAAAUUUGGCCCCAAUUCCUUACAGAGUACUCGUCGUAUUCUGGGUGACAAACUUUCACAAUCUGUGUGCAGAACAUGACGGUUUAUAACGACCAAGACCUAUAGCAACGUACUCAUAUACACCUCAAUUUUAAUGUAAGACAGACUUCAAAUAUUUGAACUAUCCCUUUAAUUGUCAGUAUUUACUACUCCUGAACUCAGAUGUUGUCUGAGUAAUACUGCCAUAAACAGUGAGCACAUGAAUAAUGUUUGUAUGUAGGCUAUGACUUAUAUUGCGUAUAUGUAUGUAUAUAUAUGACUCAGGGGGACUAAGUGCAUUUUCAAUAUCUAAUGUAUCACAAUUAAAACAUUUUAAAUACGUCCAAAGCAUACAGGGUUAUUUUAUCUGUAUACAAUUAAAGUGUUCUUUCUUAA